AUGCCUAUUGGUGUUCCAAAAGUACCCUUCCGAAUUCCUGGAGAUGACGAUGCAUCUUGGGUUGACGUAUACAACCGACUUUAUCAAGAAAGAUUCCUUUUUUUAGGCCAAGAAGUUGAUAGCGAGAUCUCGAAUCAACUUAUUGGUCUUAUGGUAUAUUUCAGUCUUGAGAAUGCUGCCAAAGAUUUCUAUUUGUUUAUAAACUCCCCUGGCGGGUGGGUAAUAGAUGGAUUAGCUAUUUAUGAUACUAUGCAGUUUGUGCGCCCAGAGGUCCAUACAAUAUGCAUGGGACUAGCCGCGUCAAUGGGAUCUUUGCUCCUGGUUGGGGGAGCAAUUACCAAACGUUUCGCAUUCCCUCACGCUAGGGUAAUGAUCCAUCAACCCGCUAGUUCUUUUUAUGAGGCGCAAACGGGGGAAUUUAUCUUGGAAGCGGAAGAACUGCUGAAACUACGCGAAACCAUCACAAGGGUUUAUGUACAAAGGACGGGCAAACCAUUAUGGGUUGUAUCUGAAGACAUGGAAAGAGACGUUUUUAUGUCAGCAACAGAAGCCCAAGCUUAUGGAAUUAUUGAUUUUGUAGCAGUUCAAUGA